AUGGGCCACUUUAUCCAACUUUACUGCCUCGAUACUGACUUUGCACGUAUUACGGUGAACAGCGAGCCACCACCGAAGAAGCUCAAAGUGGAUGAUAAGCCAGCGGCAAAAUCGUCCCGUUUAGAGAAAGAGGCAUCAUCGCAGCGGCGGCGAGUGCUGGACCCGAAUGUAGCAAAUUUGCAUGAGUAUCAGAAAAUGAUGAAUGCUGUUGGACGCGGAGCGGUAGCACACGAUCGAAAAAAUGCUUUGCUGGGGGAUGGCGAUGAUGAACUUUUUGAUGAGGAUGAGGAAGAUGGUUUGAGACAUCUGGAGCCUCCGCUUGAUGAUUUACUCAUUGGUGUCGAUAACUUACUGGAGGUUGCUCCGUCGUCGCCAACAGCAACAACAUCUGCGCCAACACCCUCAGCAUCAACAGGGAAAAGCCGAAAAACAGUUGAAAAUUCCGAAUUUGUAUGGGAUGUGGACGAUUUGUAUACUGAUCUGCAUGAAGACUUUCCAUGCACCUCGGCUUCAGCGGAAUCUUCACAUUCUCAGCGACCAAAGAGUGGAGUUCGUGCCCGCCGGACUGCAAGAAUUGUUAGUGAUAAUAGCGAUUCGGAAAAUGAAAUCGCAGUGGUGCCACCUCAAGCAGCUGUCCAUCGACGAAGUACUGGCAGCGAGCGGCAGCUGCAGCUUGCUGACUGCGCUCGGUCUGCUCCAAAAUGCAGCAGUAAUCGUGACGCGAGAGAAGCUGAGAAGACGCUGCCACCGGCUCGGCAUAGUAAUGAAACAGUACAACCCACUGAAGACAAAACAGUUUCAACAGCAGCGACAGCAUCCUCAGCAAAACAAAUUUUCGAUCAGCUGCUGAUUUUUGUGGUAGCUUCACUGAGAAGUCGAAAAUGUAUUGAAUGUAUCGGACAAUGUGCCUGCUUAUGUGAAAACAUCGUGUACUCCAUCCGCUUUGGCUCCAGCACGAUUGGUGAUGUGAGAAAGCGCUGUGAUGUAGAACUGAGAGGUGAGGUGGAAUAUUCGUCAAUGGUGAUCAGCCAUGAUGACUGUGAAUUGACCGAUGACACGCCACUUGAGCUUGUUCUGGCAGAUGGCAACAAGUUGUUGGAAUGUAUUUUAAUUGGGUGGUCGAAGCCUUCCGCUGCACAGAUUUACACAAAACGCUCGAAAUAUCCGAUGUCGGACGUAUUGCGUGCGCUGAACGAAAGUAGCAGUGGAUGUUUGGAUCUUAGGGAGAUGAACAUUGCUCAGGAUGAUGCCGUCUGUUCAGCUAUGGAAACUUUACAGACCACAUUAACGGAACUUCAUCUGGACGGAAGUACCUUGCACGCUUCAUUCACUGAAAUAAUCUCGAAAAUGGCUCGACGUCUUGCAGUACUUAGCUUGCCGUGCUGUGCCUUAGACAGUAGGAGUCUUCGUCAGUUAAUCGGCGAUUACUCUUUAUGCUCCAUGCUGAAGAAACUUGAUCUAAGCUUCAACGAUUUCAAUGACGAUGGCUCGGAUUUUGUUGAAAUGUUUGCGAGUUUAUGCCCGAACCUUGUGCAUUUGAAGCUUGCAUCGUGUAAUAUGAGUUCGACUACAGUUGAUGGCCUAGUACGCCAGCUCACAAGUAAUAUAUCAUAUUUUUUUACAGUUAAUCGUGGAUAA